AUGGUGUCGUUCAAGGUCUCUUUCGUCUCUACUUCGCCUAUUGAUGGCCAGAAACCAGGAACUUCUGGACUCCGUAAGAAGGUGAAAGUGUUCAAGCAACCCAAUUACUUAGAAAACUUUGUUCAGGCAACGUUCAUUGCUCUUACUCCGGAGAAAGUCAAAGGUGCGACACUUGUGGUCUCUGGGGAUGGACGUUACUAUUCAGAGGAGGCUAUUCAGAUUAUAAUUAAGUUGGCGGCAGCUAAUGGUGUUCGACGUGUGUGGGUUGGUCAAAACGGUCUGCUAUCAACUCCUGCUGUAUCAGCUGUUAUUCGUGAAAGAGUAGGGGAUGAUGAUUUCGGGAUUAAAUACAAUAUGGAAAAUGGUGGACCAGCUCCUGAAUCAAUCACUGAUAAGAUUUACGAGAACACGAAGACAAUCAAGGAGUACCCAAUAGCGGAAGAUCUACCCAGUGUAGAUAUUUCUGUUGUUGGUAAAACCAGCUUUGAGGGACCUGAAGGAAAAUUUGAUGUCGAAGUUUUUGAUUCUGCAGAUGACUACGUUAAAUUAAUGAAGUCAAUCUUCGACUUUGAAUCCAUCAAGAAACUGCUUUCGUCUCCAAAAUUUUCGUUCUGCUAUGAUGCAAUGCAUGGAGUUGCUGGAGCCUAUGCACAUCGCAUCUUUGUCAAAGAACUCGGUGCACAAGAAAAUUCGUUGUUGAACUGCACACCCAAGGAGGACUUUGGAGGAGGUCAUCCAGAUCCCAAUCUUACCUAUGCUAAGGAGCUCGUGGCACGCAUGGGAUUGAGUAAAACUGAUACUGGAAGUGAGCCUCCAGAGUUUGGUGCCGCUGCUGAUGGUGAUGCAGACCGUAACAUGAUCCUUGGUAAAAGGUUUUUUGUAACUCCUUCGGAUUCUGUUGCCAUAAUUGCUGCAAAUGCUGUUGCGGCCAUACCGUACUUCAGCUCUGGUUUGAAAGGUGUUGCAAGGAGCAUGCCGACCUCAGCUGCACUUGAUGUCGUUGCAAAAAACUUGGGUUUGAAGUUCUUUGAGGUUCCAACAGGCUGGAAGUUUUUUGGCAACCUUAUGGAUGCUGGGAUGUGCUCUGUAUGCGGAGAAGAAAGUUUUGGAACCGGUUCGGAUCAUAUCCGUGAGAAAGAUGGGAUCUGGGCAGUUCUUGCUUGGCUUUCCAUACUGGCUCACAAGAACAAGCAAAGCCUUGAAGGGAAUGCAAAACUGGUGACGGUUGAAGACAUCGUUCGCCAGCACUGGGCUACUUAUGGCCGUCACUAUUACACUCGAUACGACUAUGAGAACGUAGACGCAGCUGCAGCUAAAGAACUCAUGGGGCUCUUGGUUAAGUUGCAAUCUUCACUUCCUGAAGUCAACAAGCUUGUGAAGGGACUUCAUCCGGAAGUGGCAAAUGUUGCAAGUGCGGAUGAAUUCGAAUACAAAGAUCCAGUCGAUGGCUCUGUUUCAAAACACCAAGGAAUCCGAUACUUGUUCGAGGAUGGAUCACGACUUGUGUUCCGUCUUUCGGGAACUGGCUCAGAAGGAGCAACAAUCAGGCUCUACAUUGAGCAGUACGAGAAGGACGCCUCGAAGACUGGCCGAGAAUCUAAGGAUGCUCUCUCCCCUCUGGUUGAUGUUGCUCUAAAGCUGUCAAAGAUGCAAGAGUUCACCGGCCGAUCAGCCCCAACCGUCAUUACAUAA